AUGCAGGCUGUAUUCGACGGACUUCUUCGCGGAACAUGCGUUCACAACAAAGGCGACGACAAUGACUUUACUCGUAUCAAUCUUCCCCCCAUCCAGCUCGAGCUGCGGUCCGCAUUUGCCAUGUCCGAGAACGCACUUCUCAGUGUCGCUUCGCUACUUCAUUCUGAUGGGAUCGCGACCCUACCUCGUCUCGGGGAACUAGCAUUCUCCUGGAACGGCACCGGUAUUGAUGACCUUUGCGCUCCCUUCUACAUGUCCGUCUGGAACGCAUUGGGCGCCCGAGCACAUCAACUGUCUAGAAUAUUGUUCUGA